AUGGUGAUUCAGUUGUGGAUUGCAGAAGGCUUAAUACCUCAGCCGAAAAGUGAAGAAAGUUGGGAAAAGGUAGCCGAAGAAUACUUUGCUGAGCUAGUGUGGAGGUCUCUGAUACGUCAACGGCCCAUUGAUGAUGAGUCAAAAGAGUUCAUUGGUGAUGAGAGAGUGUGCUUUGAAAUGCAUGACCUCAUCAACGAUUUAGCUAUGGCAAUUUCAUCUCCGUAUUGCAUUAGGCUCGACAAUUAUAAACCUGAUGAAAGGGUAGAGAAAAGGGUGCGACACUUGUCGUUCGAUAGAGUAGAUUACUCCUCAAACAAUAGACUUGAAAAACUAUGUGGAUUAAAAGGCCUGCGAACCUUCCUGCCCAUGCCAUUGCAAAUUUCAUGGGCUUGUGAAAAUUCCGUGUCGUCAAAGUUAUUUUCUGACUUGUUGUUGACAAUGACACAAUUACACGUGCUGUCACUUUCACACUUAACAAGUAUGACUGAAUUGCCCAACUCUAUUGGAAAUUUGAUAUAUUUGCGAUACUUGAAUCUCUCAAGAACUCAGAUUAAAACGUUGCCUUCAGAAACAUGCAAGCUUUAUAAUUUGCAGACUUUGUUGUUGUCAAGUUGCCAACAACUCACUGAAUUGCCAAAGGACGUGGGGAAAUUGGUGAAACUACGCCACCUUGACAUCAGAGGCACUAAAUUGAAGAAAAUGCCGACACAAAUUUCCAAAUUAAAAAGUCUACAAACAUUGUCAGACUUUGUAGUGAGCAGCGUUAAGGACGUUGGAUUGAAGAUUGAAGAUCUUGGAAAAUAUCCCCAUCUACAGGGAAGCCUUUCCAUCUCACAACUUGAAAAUGUAACUGAUCCAUCUCAUGCUUCUCAAGCAAACAUGGAGAAGAAAAAGGAAAUUGAUGACUUGGAACUAAGAUGGUCUUACGUUACUCCUUCAAACUCACAAAUACAAAAUGUUGUAUUGGAACGUCUAUGUCCGUCGACAAAUUUGAAGAGUCUGGCCAUCUCUCGAUAUGGUGGAGACAAAUUACCAAAUUGGUUGGACAGACCUUUCUUUAGCAACAUGGUGCGUAUGAAGAUCUCGGAAUGUAUAAAUUGUUCAAGGCUACCAUCCCUAGGGCAACUAGAUAAUCUUAAAGAACUCUUUAUUAGUGGAAUGGAAUCCGUAAAGAGUGUUGAUACUGUGUUCUAUGGAAGUGGUUCUGCUCCAUUUCAAUCAUUUCAACCAUUCACCUCUUUAGAGACUCUAAGCUUUGAAAACAUGCCAGAGUGGGAGGAAUGGAAGUUGAUUGGAGGUGGAUCUACAGAGUUUCCUAGUCUUAUAAGCUUGUCACUAAGUGAUUGUCCAAAACUCAAAGAAAACAUACCGAUCAAUCUUCCUAAGCUUAAACAUCUGUGUGUGAAACAUUGUCCCAAACUCAUAGGGAUUACACCCAACAACCUUCCUUCCCUCGUUGACCUUAGGUUAAAGGAUUGUCCCUCAUUGAUGAAUUCAAGGCAUUCUGACAUAUUCAGCCAAUUGAUGAUUAGUCUGAAUUCUCUUCAAAAUAUGACCUUACAAGACACUCCAACUCUAACCUCCUUUCCGAGAGAAGGCCUUCCGAAAACCUUACAAUCUCUCGUAAUUAAGGGUUGUGAGAAUCUGGAAUUCCUUUCUGCUGAUUCUUUUCACAGUUACACAUCACUUGAGGAUUUGCAAAUACACGAUAGUUGCAAUUCGAUGAUAUCAUUUACCCUGUGCUCUCUCCCAGCCCUCAAAAUUUUGAAGAUUAUAGGCUGUAAACAUUUAAAGUCUCUCAUAAUUUCAGAAGAUGCAUCAAAACAAAAUCUCUUGUGUCUUAGAGACAUCUGGAUACAAAGUUGCAAUGAACUAGAGUCGGUUUCUCUAAUUGGGUUGCCUAUUCCUAACCUCACUCAUUUAAGUGUGCUUAUGUGUGAGAAGUUGCGUUCUCUACCUGAAUCAAUAAAGACUCUAACUAGCCUUCAAGAUAUGUACAUGGAUAACCUUCCAAACCUGCAAUCGUUUUCAAUAGAUGAUUUGCCUAUGUCUUUACGGGAAAUUCGGAUUGGUGAAGUUGGAGAGAUUUUGUGGAAUACAACUUCUUGGGAACAUCUCACUUCUCUUUCAGCUUUGUCUCUUUCAGGUGAUGAUGUUGUGAAGGCGCUGGUGAAAAUACAAGUUCCUGUUCUACCCAUUAAUAUCGUUGACUUAGAGAUCUUUUCUCUUGAAGAUGUAGAAUGUUUGGAUGGGAAGUGGCUUAAACAUCUCUCCUCUCUCCAUACACUUGAGAUUCAUUUCGCAUCCAAUCUCAGGUCAUUGCCGGAGCAGGGGGACUUGCCUUCCUCUCUUAAAGAACUGAUUAUCACAAAAUGUCCGUUAUUGGAAGCAAAAUUGCAGAGGAAGAAAGGGAAAGAGUGGCGUAAGAUUUCUCACAUUCCAUCCUUAGAUAUAUAA